AUAAUUUAUCUAGUGUCACAUCAGGUAAUUUAUCUAGUGUCACAUCAGGUAAUUUAUCUAAUGUCACAUCAGGUAAUUUAUCUGGUGUCACAUCAGGUAAUUUAUCUAGUGUCACAUCAGUUAAUUUAUCUAGUGUCACAUCAGGUAAUUUAUCUAGUGUCACAUCAGGUAAUUUAUCUGGUGUCAUAUCAGGUAAUUUAUCUAGUGUCACAUCAG